GAAGGCAUCAUCAUCAUCAUCAUAUAGAGAAGGCAGUGUUGUUUAGUUCAUGGACAAAUGCGACUUCAUGACUCCUUCCUUGUCUUCUCCUCUUCUUCUUCCUCUGCUCUUCUCCCAAGCCGGCCUCGCCUUCUUCCCACCCAUUUCAUCUUAAUCCAAUCGGAUUGAUCGAUCAAGUUUCUCAAUUUGAUUCGUCUGUUUGAACUUUUGGUAUUGAUUUCGAUUUGUUUCCGCACCGACGGAGGUCCGAUCCUCAGUUGCGAUUGAAAUUUCUUGUCUUUUUAGAGUUUUGGCGAGGUGGGUCGAUCUGAUUUAGGUGGGGUGGGGGGUGGGGGGGGGUUUGAUCUGAGUUUUGCUGAUUGGAUUCGGUUGAACAAAAAAAAAAUUCUGGGUUUCAAUCUGAAAUGGUAUAUUUCCAUAGCUCAAUCUCGGUCUGCAACUCCGUUGACCAGAACGCUCCCAUGUCUGAUUCGAUGAGCUUAAUCGACCCGGGUGUUAAAUCCAAACAAACCAAUCAUGUACAGAGGAGCAGAAGGAUGCCCAAUUCUGCUAAUUGCUCCAAAACCCAGGCCUGCGAUCGAUCUCGAUCGGCUGUGAUUGAUGUAGUCUUGUUCAUUGCUGUGAUUGGCGCUUGUGGGUUUUUGAUGUUUCCGUAUGCGAAAAUCAUCUCCGUCAAGACGAUCGAAAUCGCUGGGAUUGUUAUGUACGUGAUGAGGGAGGAGGUUUCUCAUGCUCCUUUGGUGUAUGGGUCAAUGGGGCUCAGCAUUUUGUGUGCCGCAUUGGCUGCUUGGGCUCUGUUGGCCUGCACCAGUAGGAAAUGUGGGAAUCCCGAUUGCAAAGGGCUGCGAAAAGCCGCCGAGUUUGACAUUCAGCUGGAGACAGAGGAGUGUGUGAAGAAUUCGGCUGCGUUAGGUAAGGAUGGAGUCAAGAAGGGGCUGUUUGAAUUGCCGAGGGAUCACCACCGGGAACUGGAGGCUGAGCUUAAGAAGAUGGCACCGCUGAAUGGGCGAGCAGUGCUCGUGUUUCGAGCAAGGUGUGGGUGUUCUGUUGGGAGAUUGGAAGUUCCGGGGCCUCGGAAGAUCAAAAAGAUCAAGAAGUAGGAAUAAAUGGUUGAUACGAAACCAUAGGGAGCUAAGUUAUGAACACAGGAGUAGCCAUAAUUGCAGAGAAGAGUUGUCCUACUGUUCACAGUCUUUCUGCGCAAUGUUGUCUUUAAAUAAGCUAGCUCAUGGAAUAAGUUGUAAGGAUUAUAUACCCUUGGUUUAUAGUGGGGAAUAUAUGACAAUCCCUUAUUUGAUUUCCUUUUCCUUUAUGAUUAUAUAAGUUUUUCUUUUGUUGAA